AUUCUCUCAUCAAACACAUCCAAACAUUCCUAUCAUUUCUUACCUCAAGCUUUUCACAUCCACACAACAAAUUUUUAUUUCCAGGAUAUGGGUCCAAACUCCACACAGGCACUCAUACUUGUGCUCUUUGCUUCCAUAUUGGGAGUCGGCAUAGCCAACAAGGAUUGGCAGCUCGGUGGCUGGGGCCCCAAACGUGGCUACCAUAGACCUGGUCACAAAGAUACUCCUCAAAAGAUCAUCGUCGGCGGCUCAGCCAACUGGACCUUCGGCUUUAACUACUCUGUUUGGGCUUUCAAGAGCGGCCCCUUCUUCGUAAAUGACACUCUAGUGUUCAAGUAUGAUCCUCCAAGCGAGACGAACAUACAUCCUCACAGCGUCUAUUUGCUACCAGACAUGUGGAGUUUUAUAAACUGUAAUCUGACAAGAGGUGUGAAGAUUGCGAAUGAGACACAAGGAGCCGGCAAAGGGUUCGAGUUUGUGCUGAAGGAGUGGAAGCCUUAUUAUUUUGCCUGUGGUGCAAGCGAUGGCUACCAUUGCAACGUUGGGCGGAUGAAGUUCUUUGUUCUUCCAUAUCUUCGUCGUUGGUAUUGAUGUUAUAUUUGGAAAUUUAACAGUCCAGGAAAGAUGCAUUGCUGCUGCUUCAUUACAGUGUUUAAUUGUUGCCAUGCAAAAUAAGAGUAAUUAAUAAUUGUUAAAGUUUUGUUAUUUUGUCCUAAGCAUUUUGUCUUCGAUGUUAGCAGUCGGAAAUCAGCUUGAGAAAAGACAUUAUGUUAUUGAAUACUGAAAAAUAAUAACAUUUCUUUCUUUUUUUUUAGUUUU